AAAAUUUGGCCCGGACCUGCAUCUUCCCUGUUUUGUUUUGUUCGCCCGCUCCGGCGCCGCCAAACCGCCGCCAGCCUCUUCCACUCAACGACGGCAACCAGCCGCAACCCCAAAGCGCUCCCCCUUCCGCACGCGUCGCGCCCAUCCACCGGCCGGCGCUCUCGGUCUCGGUUUCUGCCUUCUGCCUUCUGCCUUCCGCACGCGUCGCCCAUCGCAACGUUCUUUGGGGGUGUUGUUGUUGCUCCGCUGGCCACCUCUAGCGGCCGCCAGGGCUCGCCGGGGUGGUAGAUCCUCCCCUAUCUACACACGACAACGGCAAGAUGAAGAAUCUGCGCCUUGUGACGAGGUCCUCGCAGCAGCUCCAGCUCGACGGCGAGACCCUCGUCACCUCCGCCAUCGACGCCGAGCGCCGCCGCGCCUUCUUCGCCUCCUCUGCGAACUUCCUCUACACCGUCCACCUCCCCACCUCAUCCCAGGGCCAGCAACCACUGCAAUGGAGCAAAUUUACUACUCUGGACUCCGACGUGGAGGAGGUAGUUCUUGAACCUGGUGAUUGCAUAGUUGCCAUGGAUUAUCUCAUGGAGAGGGAGUCUCUGCUCCUUGGUUCGUCAGCUGGCUGUCUGCUCUUGUAUAACGUGGAGGAGAAAACAACCCAAGUUGUAGGAAGACUGGAGGGUGGUGUCAGCACCAUUGCCUCUAGCCCCGAUGGGGUCCUUCUCUCUGUAACAUCCGGAUUCGGGCAACUGCUUGUCAUUACACUUGAUUGGGAAGUGCUAUUUGAGACUUCCCUCGACCCUCAGAAUGCUACUGCAGGCGAGAUAGACAGUUCUGGUGGUCAUAUCCAAAGUGCUAUUUCUUGGCGGGGGGAUGGGAAGUAUUUUGCUACUCUUGGGGGCUCUUCUAACCCCACAAAGCUUACUAUUUGGGAACGGGAAUCGGGAAAGGUGCAUUCUUCUUCAGAUAUGAAGACUUUUAUGGGAGCAUCGCUAGAUUGGAUGCCGAGUGGAGCCAAGGUGGCCACAGCCCAUGACCGGAGGACAAAGGGAAAGUGCCCUCUCAUUGUAUUCUACGAGAAGAAUGGCUUAGAGAGGAGCUAUUUUCCUAUUGAUGAGCCAGCAGAGGCUGCCAUUCAAGCUUUAAAAUGGAACUGCAAUUCUGAGCUCCUAGCUGCUCUAAUUUCUUCUUGCCAGCAUGAUGUUAUUAAAAUAUGGUCCUGCAGCAACAAUCACUGGUACUUGAAACAUGAACUGCAAUACACAAAGAAAGAGGGGGUGAAGUUCUCUUGGGAUCCAACAAAACCACUGCAUCUGAUUUGCUGGACACUGGGUGGCCAAGUUAUUAUGCACAGGUUUGCAUGGACUACCGCUGUCAGUGAGACUUCAGUUGCACUAGUUAUCGAUGGUUCCCAUGUCCGUGUUACUCCUCUUAAUUUGGGCCUCAUGCCACCUCCCAUGUCUCUGUUCCACCUUGCAUUUCCUUGUGCAGUCAAUGAGGUUUCUUUUAUUUCCAAUUACUCGAAGAACCAUUUGGCUGCUUAUCUUUCAAAUGGCAGGUUGUGUGUUGUAGAACUUCCAGCAGCAGAUACUUGGGAAGAAUUUGAAGGCAAUGAGAUAAGUGUUGACCCCUGCCGUUCUGACUUCACUUUGAAUAACUGUAUGCACCUCACUUGGAUAGAUACACGUACCUUGAUUAGUAUCAGUUGCUAUAGCGAACACUGCUGUUCAUCACUGAUAGACAAGCCUGAUUCACAGUUCUUUGUCAAUGAGAUUGAACUUGUAUGUUCUGAGGAUUCUUUGCCAGGUUCAGUGAGUUCAUCUGGCUGGCAAGCUAGAGUAUCAAAGAAAGUGACUUUGAAUGGUUCAGUUGUUGGAGUCUCUCUAAACCCAGCAAAAAAAGGUUCAGCCUUCAUUCAGUUAAGCGGAGGAAGGGUUGUUGAAUACUGCUCAAGUUUAAACUUGUUGAAAAUGUGUGCACCAGCACAAGUUAGUGAUGUUGGUUCUGACUAUGGUUUUCCAACAUCAUGCCCUUGGAUGACUACUGUUCUAUGUCAUGAAAAUGGUAUGGUUAGACCCGCCCUUUUUGGACUUGAUGACAGUGGCAAGCUUUAUAAGGGAAAAAGGUUAUUGAGUAACAAUUGCAGCAGCUUCACAUUCUACUCCAGUACUUAUGGAGCUACUGAGCGGGUUAUGACCCACUUGCUUGUGACUACUAAGCAAGAUCUUCUAUUCAUUGUGGAUGUCAAUGAUAUCUUACUUAAAAACACUGAAGUGGCAAUUGACAGCCAUGUCAGUAGUCAUCCUCGAGGAAACCAAAGCAAGGAGCACAUCACUGUGUGGGAAAAGGGUGCAAAGUUGGUUGGUGUUCUCCAUGGUGAUGAAGCAGCUGUCCUAAUGCAAACAGUCCGUGGUAACUUAGAGUGUACCUACCCUAGAAAGCUGGUCCUUGUUUCUAUUGUUCAGGCUCUGGUUCAGAGGCGUUUCAGAGAUGCAAUGGACAUGGUAAGGCGACAUCGGAUAGAUUUCAAUAUUAUGGCUGACUAUUGUGGCUGGAAUGUUUUUAUCAAGUCAGCUGCAGACUUUGUUAAACAAGUUAAUAACCUUAGCCACAUAACUGAAUUUGUUUGCUCAAUUAAGAAUGACAAUAUCAGCAGCAAAUUGUACACAACCUAUAUAUCUUUUCCUGAUCAGUGUGCAACCUCAAUAGCUGAUACAGAAAGCUCACUUGGGUUCUCCUUGGGUAACAAAGUGACUUCUAUACUGAUGGCAAUUCGGAAAGCUCUUGAGGAACAAAUAGAAGAAAGCUCGCCAAGAGAACUUUGCAUAUUGACCACUUUGGCACGUAGCGAACCUCCAUUAUUGGAGGAAGCACUGAAUAGAAUAAAGUCCGUUCGAGAACUGGAACUUCUUGGGCUUGAUGAUGCCAGGCGAAAGCUUUACCCAUCUGCAGAAGAGUCUCUGAAGCACUUGCUUUGGUUAACAGACCCUGAAGCUGUUUUCAAUGCUGCUUUGGGGUUGUAUGAUCUGAAUCUUGCUGCUAUUGUUGCUUUAAACUCCCAAAAAGAUCCAAAGGAGUUCCUUCCUUUUCUCAAGAGUCUAGAAUGCCUUCCUCCUGCUAUUAUGAGGUACAAGAUUGAUUUGAGACUUGGAAGAUAUGCGAGUGCUCUGAAAAACAUUAUUUCUGCUGGUAAUGAGUAUCACGAGGAUUGCAUGAAACUCCUUAAUGAUAAUCCUCAGCUGUUCCCUCUGGGCCUCCAGUUAUUUACUGACCCUGAUAAAAGGCGUCAAAUUUUUGAGGCAUGGGGUGACCAUCUUUCUGAAGAGAAAUGCUUUGGAGAUGCCGCAUUGACUUACCAGUGUUGUUCAUUGUAUCAGAAAGCAUUGAAAGCUUACCGUGCCUGUGGGGACUGGAGAGGUGUGUUUACUGUUGUGGCUCUUCUGAAGUUAAAGGAGGAAGAAAUUGUUCAACUUGCACACGAGUUAUGUGAUGAGUUCCAAGAGCUUGGAAAGCCUGGAGAUGCUGCUAGAAUAGCACUGCAGUACUGUUCAGAUGUUGAUAAAAGUGUUAGUUGUUAUAUCACAGCAAGGGAGUGGGAAGAGGCUCUUAGAGUUGCUUAUAUGCACAGCAGGCAUGAUCUGGUUGAAACUGUUAGAGAUGCAGCUUUAGAAUGUGCUACAUCGCUGAUAUCUGAGUAUCAGGAAGGAUUGUUGAAGGUUGGUAAAUAUGUAGCACGUUAUGUGGCUGUGAGGCAGAGGAGAUUGUUACUUGCUGCCAAACUCCAGUCAGAAGAACGGUUUAUGGAUGUUGAAGACGACAGCAUUUCAGAAGUGAGCACUAGCUUCAGCGAAAUGAGUGCAUAUACCACGAGGUCAACCAAGGUUUCGGUCAUAUCCAGCAGCAACGCCAGCAAGUCACGAGGGGCAAGACGGCAAAAGAAAGGUGGCAAGAUACGAGCUGGAAGUCCUGGGGAGGAGAUGGCGCUUGUGGAGCAUCUCAAGGGAAUGAUGCUGACAGAUAGCGCUCAGAAUGAGCUGAAGAGCCUGCUUGUAGUUCUGUUACAGUUGGGAAAAGAAGAAAUCGCUCGUCAGGUGCAGCAGGCUGGAGACAGUUUUGAGGUGUCUCAAAUGGCAGCAGUGAAGUUGGCUGAGGAUACAGUAUGUGAUGACAAGAUCGACGAGAAUGCGCACACUCUCGAGCAUUACGUAAGGAUGCUGAGAGCUCAUGAGCCUGCUUACAGCGAGGAAACUGCUUCAUGGCGAAUCAGAGUGUUAUCUCCCCCUUGACUGGCCGGCCAGUAUAGUAUGUCAUGUACUCUCCAGUCCAGUCCAGUCCAGAUGGGUGAGUGGGUGAUUACCAGCCACUUCAGAUCAAUGGAUCCCUGGCACGGAGGGGCAUCAAGGACCUGAUGGCAAGGGGGCUUAUAAGGAUGGUCUCAGUUCAUUCCAGCCAACAGAUCUACAGCAGGGCCACAAACACGAGGGACUUGGUGUUGCUGUUAUAUUAAGUUUAUUUUGAAUGCGUUUCAGUGGAUGUUACCAUUGACUUUGAGAAUGUUGAAUGUUUUUGAGAUUAUGGUACUAUUUUAAGAUCAAAUUGGCAGACUAAUAUUUAUCUAAAUAUGAAGGUAUCAGUGUUGUCAUAUUAUUUU